UGAAAAUGGACCGACCAUAGACAAUAUCACCACAACAAGGCCACGGAUAGAAAACAACAAAUGAAAGCCUUGCGUAAUGUUGAAGCCUUUUCUUUUCUUUUCGCCGGACUCCUUCAGCGGCGGCCGGUUUAGUUUCUACCUUUUUCCUCUUCCCCUUUUAUCCCUGAAAUCGUCCCCUCCUUUUCUUCUGUUUUCCCGUUUCCCCAAAUCUAUCUACAUUUCCGUGCCCGUUUCUUCUCCUUCUCUGCUUGAUUCUGCAUAGGAUCUCGCAAAGCAGCGGGUACAGGAGAAACCGUUGACUUGACGCUGCCUUAAAUUCCCAACUGUACCAGACAGUCCAACACAGUAAACCAUGAACUCGGAUCCCGACGACUACCACACAUUCUCUGCCGCUCCGCCUCCUCCCGUCACCGGAAUCCCCGCCGGAAUCAAUGGCGUCGCCAUCGGCUACGUCGUGCGAGGGCCGCAGAUGAGCUUCCAGGACCAAGUCCGCGAGUUCUCCAAAGGCGCGGCCGAGCUGAGCGUCCAAUUCGCCAAAGGCUGCAAGGACAUUGUGUUCCAGACCCUGGGCCGCGAGGAUGCGUUCCUCGCCAGGAAUUUCGGCAGGAAUUCCUUCGCCGGGAAGCAAUUUGGACGCGGCUGUGACAGGAUCGGGAAGAGAUUCAAGGCUUUCAAUGACUAUCUGCCCGAGGAUAAAGAUCCCGCCCACGCCUGGUCCGUCAUCGGCUUCGUCUUCGUUCUUGCAUUUGCAGUGUUGAGUGUAAACACCAACUACGCUACCACGUCUGCACCAGCAAUGAAAAAGGUGUUCAUUCAUCCGCCUAGUGCUGAGCGCUUGUUGCUGCCUGACGCUAGAUACAUGGCGUACAGAGAGCAAGGGGUUUCAGUUGAUAGAGCUAGAUUCACGAUGAUAGCUCCUCACAGCUUUCUGUCAUCUAGGCUUACAGGAAUACCUGGAGUAAAGGCUUCACUGUUGGAAGAGUUUGGUGUUCGGUUGUUGACGUAUGAUCUUCCUGGGUUUGGUGAGAGUGAUCCUCAUCCAUGCAGGACUCUGCAGUCGUCUGCAUCGGAUAUGUUGUUCUUGGCUAAUGCUUUGGGUGUUAAGGAGAAGUUCUGGGUCGUGGGGUACUCAAGUGGGAGCAUGCAUGCUUGGGCUGCUCUUAAGUACAUUCCUGAGAAACUUGCAGGUGCAGCCAUGUUUGCUCCAAUGGUUAAUCCGUACGAUGCAUUGAUCACCAAGGUGGAGAGACGGCUAAUAUGGGAUAAAUGGAGUGGAAGAAGGAAAUCUAUGCUUUUCUUGGCUCGGAGGUUUCCCAGACUACUUGGCUAUGUGUACCGCCGAAGCUUCCUCUCUGGGAGGCAUGAUAAGCUUGAUGUGUGGCUCUCUCUCUCACUGGGCAAUAGGGACAAGGCUUUGGUAACGGAUCCCAUCUAUCAAGAAUUCUGGGAAAGGGAUGUGGAAGAGUCGAUCCGUCAGGGGAAUGCUAAGCCAUUCAUAGAGGAGGCUGUUCUACAAGUGUCGAAUUGGGGUUUUAGCCUUGCAGACAUCAAACUGGAGAAGAAAAAACAAGGCGGAGGCAUCCUUGGUUGGGUUAAGGUCUUACUAAAUGGAAAUGUAGAUGAAUAUACUGGUUUCCUUGGACCAAUACACGUAUGGCAGGGCAUGGAUGACAAGGUGGUUCCGCCAGGGAUGACUGAUUUCGUGCAUCGAGUUCUACCGGGAGUUGCAGUGCACAAGCUACCAUAUGAGGGUCACUUCACAUAUUACUACUUCUGUGAUGAAUGCCACAGACAAAUCUUCACCACACUCUUUGGAACUCCACAAGGCCCCUUGAACAACUUCACAACAACAGAACUACUAGCAGCAGAUCAAACUCCACUCGAGACCGGCCACGUAGAGGAGGAAGGAUUGGAGGCCAACCAACCUUCAUUGCUUCAAGAAGAUACCACAAAUGAAACCGAGAAUUUAGACAAUCCAGCUUAUUAGGUACAACGUUCAUCAAGUUUUGAACUAUUCUGGAGUGGUGUAUAUGAAAUAGGCUUUGCUUCUAAAACUCCAGGAGACAAAGGGUUCCCGAAGAAGAACUAUAUACAUAGUUACUACGUCAAUAGUGGAAAAAGUUGUACUGAUCUAUCUUACAGUUAACUGACAUGCGAAUUGCAGAUAAUUUUCUGGUGCUUUUUUUGCUUAUCCAACAG